UUAAGUGUAGGCUACUUUACGUUUGUCUGUUUUUCUGGUUUAUUGGUACAGUCUACAAUACUAUUUUAGACAAUGGUAUUCUUUCAUCUCUGUGUCAACAGGUUGGGGAAGGGUUUAAGUGUGAGAUGGACUUGGUGGCGAAGGAUGUGGUGAGUGCUGUUCAUGUUUGAGAACUGCUUAAGCACUUGAUGAAAACUAAAGAGUAUGACGCUCAAGUUCCUGCAGCAGCCACAGAGGAGCAGUAAGUAACUGUCCAUGGUGCUGAAGACCAGUCUUGACUCUGCAGGACUGUAUAGGCUGCUUCCCUUCAGGUGUUUUAUAACCUGAUUCACGCGGCAGGCUGCAAGCUGACAGGUAGAAGAUGUGUUGGCACGUAAUAGGAGAUUUUGACGAGACUAUAGCCUACUCUGUGCUGGUAUGGAGAUCAAACGGUAUGCAAACAGCUGAGAGACAGACAGGAAGAGGGGGAGUCAACGAGAGAGAGAGAGCGAGAGAGAGGGGGGGUAUGAUGUCAUAGUUUUAAGUCUGUGCCAUAGAAGAAGCAGAUGGAUGCAGCCGUCCUCGUUUUCCUUCGAUCCUGUUUCCAUUUCCAUCGCCAACAUCAGCAUCAACAUCAGGACCCAUCGAGGACAAAAGAGUGACAAACCGCAGAAAGGAGAAUCUGUGGUGAAGGGAGUCUGUCUGCAGGUGGAGGAAACAAAGCGGAAAAAGCCUCCCGUCGGCUGGAUGUUAAGCGGAUCGUCAACCGAAAGAGAAGUCCAAUAAAGACGUGAUAUGGACCAAAAUAUCGGAGCAAGCACUGGGCCAGUACUCUUUCCUGGCUUUAUUCUGUAUUAUGAGCAGGCGGCUGUGUAGAGGAGCUAGUCCUGCCCAGAAAGGAGGAGGAGUAGGAGAGACACACACAGAAGGGUGUCGACGGAGAGAGGCAGGGGAAGAGGAGAAGAGAAGAGCAGGGGAGGAACGGAGGAAAAAAUAAUAGAGUGAUAUUUCAAGCUUCCAAUAAUGGCGGCUAAAUCGGACGGGGUCCUGAAGAUGAAGAAGAGCGACGUGGCCUUCACCCCCCUGCAGAACUCGGAUCACUCCGGCUCGGUGCAGGGGCUCCACCCGGGCGCCCAGCCCGACUCUGCGGGCACCGGGGACGGGGACUUCGCCAACGGGGAGUCGCGGUGCUGCGGCGGGGGCGGCUCCAACUCGACGUGCCUUCGCCCGGGCAGGGAGCAGCAGAAAUACACGGUGUGGGACUGCCUGUGGAUCGUAGCCGCGGUGGCCGUGUAUCUGGCCGACGUGGGCACCGACGUGUGGCUGUCGGUCGACUACUACCUCCGCCGCGACUACUGGUGGUUCGGCCUGACGCUCUUCUUCGUGGUGCUGGGCUCCUUCUCGGUCCAGCUCUUUAGCUUCAGAUGGUUCGUCCACGACUUCACCACCGAGGACGGCGCGGAGUCCGCCGCCGACUGCUCCCACAUGGACGGGAACAAGCUGCUGAGCGGCUCGGCCUCACACGGCGACGUUACCGCUCAACACCACCCGGCCACGCCGCAGAGACAGGCGUCGACCGCCAGCAAGAACACCACGACCAACAGCACCGCGAGCACCGCGCUGGGCAGCAGGAGUAGAAAACGGUCGGCCUACUACUCCUUCUGCGUCUGGUUCGGCCAGUCCGUCAUCCACAUCCUCCAGCUGGGCCAGAUAUGGAGGUAUUUUCAUACCAUCUACCUGGGCGUUCGCAGUCGUCAGAGCGGUGAGACGGAGCGCUGGCGUUACUACUGGAGGAUGGUCUAUGAGUUUGCAGAUGUGAGCAUGCUGCAUCUCCUGGCCACCUUUCUGGAGAGCGCUCCACAACUGGUGUUGCAGCUGUGCAUCAUCAUACAGACACACAAGCUCCAGGCUGUGCAAGGUAUGACAGCUGCAGCCUCCCUCGUCUCUCUGGCCUGGGCCCUGGCCUCCUACCAGAAGGCCCUGCGAGAGUCUCGGGAUGACAAGAAGCCCAUCAGCUACCUGGCUGUCAUCAUCCAGUUCUGCUGGCACUUCUUCACGAUCGCUGCGAGGGUCAUCACCUUCGCCCUGUUUGCCUCUGUGUUCCAACUCUACUUUGGCAUCUUCAUUGUCCUGCACUGGUGCAUCAUGACCUUCUGGAUUGUCCACUGUGAGACAGACUUCUGCAUCAGCAAGUGGGAGGAGAUUGUGUUUGACAUGGUGGUGGGCAUAAUCUACAUCUUUUCCUGGUUCAACGUCAAGGAGGGACGGACAAGGUGUCGGCUUUUCAUCUAUUACCUGGUGAUUCUGGUGGAGAACGCUGCUCUCAGUGCGCUGUGGUAUCUCUACCGGUCGCCUCACACCACCGACGCCUUUGCAGUGCCAGCACUCUGCGUCAUCUUCAGCAGUUUCCUCACCGGUGUGGUUUUCAUGCUCAUGUACUAUGCCUUUUUCCAUCCCAACGGGCCGCGCUUUGGCCGCUCGCCGAGCGGCCAGGGUCUCGACCUAGACCCCACGGCUCAGUUCUCCACGCUACCGUCUGAAGGUGCCACCAACUCGCUGCGUUCCAACCGAGGUGCCAGCUCGACCCUGGAGCGUGACGCGGGGAAGUAUUCCGAGCGGGACGGCUGCAUGCCAGUUUUUCAGGUGCGACCCACAGUGCCAUCCACGCCAUCGUCUCGCGCCCCGCGCCUCGAAGAGACCGUCAUCAAGAUCGACCUCUGUAGGAACCGCUAUCCAGCCUGGGAGCGCCAUGUCCUCGACCGCAGUAUACGCAAGGCGAUCCUGGCCAUAGACUCCUCGCUGACUCCUCCACGGCUGCAGUACAAGGACGACGCUCUGGUGCAGGAGAGGUUGGAAUAUGAGACCACGUUAUAGUUCCACCCUGCUCUCGGAACCCAGAAACGGGUGCGACCGUCAGAGGACUAUCCUGCUAUCAUGGAAAAAAAACAGCAACAGGGACUGUGGCAAUAAGAAUUUGUUACUACCAACAAUCUCACUUUUCAUCUCUCAUUCCCCUUUUUUUUCUUUUUCUAUUCCUCGGCAUCGGAGCCCACCCGGGAGCAUUCAGCCCUCUUGGUAGUGAUCGGAGGAGUCCAGUCAAUGUCAGCGGGCGUGUUUGGGUUCUUGGUAGGGUUGUUGCUGUUAUUUUUUUACUUCCACUCAUCAGGGAAUUCCUGUCCGAUAUGAACUAAAUGCAACAGAGUGCUUCGACACUCUGCUCAGACCGUACGAAAAGCUGGUUAAGGUUGGGAACGUUAAAACGAUAACGAUAAAACAAGCAUAUGUCCAUCCAGACGAGUUUUAACUCCUCUGAUGUUCUACUUUAGCCGCAAUGACACCGGAAUUACACAGAAAUUCCUCUAAGGAAAGGAAACGAUCCCUCAUUCAUCCGUAGAAACUUCUAACAGACAUAUCUUGUCUUAAUGUGCUGGUGACUUACGGUUUGGAAGUUGUGAAGAUGUGAUCCCAUAGCAGCCACAACUGGGUGGGUACUUCCAUCAGUAUCUACACGAUAACACUCAUCGCUCCACUUCUCUCAGUGCCAAAAAAGGUUCCAUGGAAAUGUCCUCCAGAUUCUGAGGAGAACCACCUCAUGCCGGGUUCAGACUAUAUGACAUCAGCCCGAUCAUGCUGCCAACCCGGCAGACGUUGAGGCGUCGGUUAAGAUUGGGAACGACAAUGGGCGUCCGGCGCAACAGUCGAUCGUUUUUAUCCCAUUUAGUGUGUCACGGUACGACAGCCGGCAGAAUUUCUUUUUUUUGCUUUCCAAGACGUGUUCCCUCAUCUAGGCCUGUAACAAUUGUUGCAUAAUUGUCUAAUUAAUUUUGUUUUUACAUUAUCGCGGUUUCUUUAUUUACUAGCAAUCAAUUGCUAACAUUAGCCAAGGUCCUAAGGGGUGUGGCUGGUGAUGGUAAUUGUCAGUUUUAUGUUCAUUUAAGAAAAAAAAUACAAUGUUUUAUUAUAAUAAAGAGGCGCGGUUUACUUCAUAGGCUGUGCAUUUGUGUUAUACUACAUUAUCUGGGUCACAUAACAGUGAUAUAACCAAAAGAUGUAUCCUGGGAUUCAUUCACAACUUUAAUUCCUUUGCAAAAGUAAUGCAUAAAUACAUCUUUUUUUAAAUUUGACUGAAAGAGACAAUUAUAUUGUUAAUGGCAAUUAUUUCUGAGACAAUUAAUUGUAAAGUAAAAUUUGGAAUUGUUGCAGCUCUACCCUCAUGUUCGUGACUCUGACCAAUAUCGCCAAGAGAAAGAGGAACGGUGUUGUUGGUGCUGCAGGUGGAACUGUGAAACAGAGGAAAGGUCACAGUCGUUUUUUUUUCUUUCCUUUUGUUUUUAGGCUUUUCCGACACAUGAGACAGCCAGCGUCAUACAUGCCGCCACUUUUUCUUUUCAUACUUGUUCCUAGCACCUCCUUCCCCGAUGACAUCACAGGCAUCGGGAAAGACGCCAAGCUGUGAUCGUUCAGGGCACCAAAGUGUAGUCUGUCAUGUCUCUCAGCCUAGUCCUGGCAGUGAUUUAUGACUCGCCUCAUAUGACACAGGGAGCAUCGUAACGGACUAAAAUAUGGUGUAGUCUGAACCCGGCAAUAGAAAUGGCUGGGGAGUCCAAAAUGUUCUUCUCUGGCCUGGACAUUUCAUUCCUCUUGGAUAAGUAUGGUCUACACUUUCAGACAGAAAGUGAACUACAUGAAGACAGUGGUCAAAGUAGCAUCUAUACUCAGUGUUUUGUUUGGAUUAAAUCAGCCAAACCUGGCAGGAAGUAAGGGCAUGGAGCGAGAAAAGAAGGGGUGAAAGCUGGACAGAAACAACCUCACUGUCUUUUGUCCCAUAAGGAAAUAAGUCAAACUCCACAAUGCCAAGAAAAAAAUCUUCCUGGCAGCUCAACGCAACUAUUUGCAGUCCAGCCUCAUAAACCUGGCUGUGCAGUGAUACUGAUCUUUGCUUGUCUGUGGAGGCUAAAGUGGGGGAGAGAAGCAGACGAAACGAGCAAAACGCCAGACGGCAACGAAAAGGAGAUGGCCGGACAGGGUGACGCAGGAAAUGUAAAUGAGUCCAAGAUGGAGAAGAAGAGAAAAAAGGCGGACUAGCAGCCGUCUCAGCCAAACUCAAACCAAGCACCAGGAUGUACAGUUCUCUGAUACAACAUGCAGCAUUUUUUUUACUUUAGAGAUGAUGUAGAGGGUACUGAAGUCAUUGUCUGUGUUUUUAUGUGUGUGUACGUGUUGGCAAUAGGCAACAUUUCGACUUUAAAUCUGCUUGUUUUUUGAUAAACACA